AUGUCAGACUCUAAUACAAGCUCUACGCUGUCUCUUACUCACAGAAAGACCAGUGACGACGAUCUCUUAGAUGCGGACACUGAGUCUAUCUCUGAAGUCUCGCCUUUGUUGCGUAGAACGUCCUCAUCUCAUAGUGUAUCAUUUGUAGACAUGUCUCGACUUUUGCUCGUGCCGGACUUUGACUUCGGGUCCGGGUUUCUGGAGAUGGGCGACUCUACAAUGAAGAAAAUCAAUGACAUGAAGAACAAGACCAAGGAGAAGCUACGCAAAUUGAAGGAUGACAAUGGUGUUGGCAUCACUGUGACUGGCCGUCGAUUCUUGUCACAAGAUGCGGCCAAGUUCCAGGCAAGUCUCAAUCGCCGUUUGAGUAGAUUCGACGAUCGUGUGCACCGUAGUCUUCAGAGCUCUGCUACGGAAAAGGCAUUUUACGCUGCGGCGGUAAUGCUGAUUGCCGUAGGCGGCUUUAUUAUUGGCAAGUAUCCCACCUACUUUCCUAUCUUCCACACAGCCAUGUUUUGUGCGCUCAUGCCGAUUCGGUUUUAUACGUAUUUUAAGCAGAGCUUCCAGUACUACUUGGCAGACUUGUGUUACUACGUGAAUGUUCUUCUACUUCUAUUUUUGUGGGUAUUCCCCAACUCCAAGUCGUUGUUUAUAUCUGUUUUCUCUUUGACUUUGGGAACGUUGUGUUUUGCUGUGAUUACUUGGAGGAAUUCAUUGGUUCUUCACUCUAUCGACAAAACCACCAGCUCAAUAAUCCACUUUAUGCCGCCCAUUACUAUUUUCGUGCUUGUGCAUGAGAUGCCCAAGGAGUACGUCGCAAAACAUUAUCCAGCUAUUGCACAAGUUGAGAGCUGGAAUUUCGUCAAUGGUAUCAUCAUCACCUCUAUUUAUUAUACCAUUUGGCAGGUAUCGUAUCACUACUUUAUCACGGUGCGUAGAAAGGAACAAAUUGCCAAGGGGAGAGUGACCUCUUUCACAUACUUAAGGCAGAAGAACAGCAAAAGUCUUUUGGGUCGGUUUGUCAACGGUUUACCUUACACAUGGAUGCAAAUCGCUGCAUUUACGUUAAUUCAGUUUUUCUACCAGAUCCUCACCAUGCUUCCAUGUCCAUUGUGGUUCCGUUACAAACAUCUUUGUGGAGCGUUCGUGAUGUUUAUUUUUGCGUGGUCCGCUUACAAUGGAGCCACUUACUAUAUCGAAGUAUUUGGAAAGAGGUUUGAGAAAGAGGUUGCCACUUUGAAGCUUGAAAUUAAUGAAUUACAACAGCAGAUUAGUCGUCAUGAGGCAGAGAGAAGUACGCCGUCGUUCUCGCCUGUUUUGGAGCCUUUACCCUCUGAGCCUAUGGAGGAACUUAGGCUUCUGAAGGAAUCUCCCCAAAUGAAGCCAAAGAACUAA